GCUAUAACCCGACCAAUUCUACCCCGGAAUCUUCACGGGUCUCAAUGAUAUGCAGAUAGGUUCCACAAGCUUGAUACAAGACGCGUAUAAGUGACCAUGUAGUGGAUGUGGAACAGUCAAAUCGGAGCGUCACAUAAUUUCGAAUUCGCAGCGAUGUAUACUGACGCGUAAAGCCUUUUGUUGUAUAUCGAAAGUGGAAAACCCCGCGACGUAGGCUAAGUAUAGAACGCAGUCACCUGCUUGAGCACUUCCUAGUCGGGUCUCACCGUCAAGGGAGCUCCGCGAUAACCCCAUCCCUGUAUCUGCAGCGCACAGCGUGUCCCUCGAGUCAGUACCCGUGGUUACUGUGUGUUAGAGAGCGAGAUACACAGAGAAGUACAGAGCGUGAACGAUGUUUAUUGGUCUAAGAGUUAUCCGAGGCCCUGAUUGGUCAAACAGCGAAUGUGAUGGAGGUGAAGGUCACGUUGGUACGGUCGCGACGAUAGAGGGCCCUGGUGCUGUUGACGUCAUCUGGGACAGUGGUCAGAGAAGCACGUGCAAGGCGGGCAAGGGUGGUCAACAUGAACUGAGAGUAUUUGACAGCGCACCUGUAGGCAUACGUCACAAGGGUGUCACGUGCAGUGGGUGUGACACCAAGGACUUCUUCGGCACGAAAUGGACGUGCAGUCAGUGCAAGGACGCCAACCUGUGCUUCCUCUGCUACUCCGCGGACAAGCAUGCCCUGAGCCACGUGUUUGUGCGUCACGACUCCCCCGGGGAUAAAGGAACUGAAGUUAAGAAACGUUCCGGGUGUCUGAAGAUCCGAUCCCUUGGACUUUUCCCAGGAGCGCGGGUUGUCCGGGGUGAAGACUGGAAGUGGGAACAGCAGGAUGGCGGGUCAGGGAGUAAGGGGAAACUAACUGAGAUCCCGACCGAGCACAACGUGACCACCAUCAGGAACAUCGCGCGGGUCAAGUGGGAUAAUGGCCGCUCCAACAUCUACAGAGUCGGCCACGAGGGAAAAGUGGACGUCAAGUACACAGAGGAGGGGGUCGGACCGUCGUACUACAGGGAGAACAUGCCGGUGCUGGACGUGAGUAGCGCACGGAGGGACAGUGUGGGCGGCACGAAGCUAGAGCCCGGAUGUAAAGUGUGUGUCCAGGUGGACAAGGAUGAACUGAAGCAGAUCCAGGCGACAAAGGGAGGAUGGUCGGCCGGUAUGUCACAGUGUAUUGGGAAAGUCGGCGUCAUCAAGCAGAUUCCCAGUGAGGGUGUGGCUAGUGUGGAGUUCGGGAGGAGUCAGUACAGGAUAGCGACACAGGCACUCUUAAAGGUGCACGACCACAUGCUGAACACCGUGGUGAGGGUGCUGGCGGACAGGAAGAAGGUGCAACAGCUCCAGGAGGGGCACGGGGAGUGGAACUCCAAGAUGGAGAAGGCGCUUGGCAAGGUGGGUCGCGUGGUGAGAGUGGAUAGUGACGGUGACAUCGUGGUGUCCUUUGGCUCCUCCAAGUGGAUCUUCAACCCUGCGUGCUGUGUCCCCGCCCCCGGGGAGAGGGUGGACGACGUGGAAGCGGGGGGAGGGGAAACUGCUGGGCUCGGAGGUCUAGCGGGUCCCCUGAUGCAGCUCAUGGCCGGACUGCUGGACAAACAGGUGCUGGAGAUGGUGGCGGGCAUGGCUGCACGUGCUGCUGCACCAGGGGCGAGCUCGGGGGACCUCUUCAAGGCCAUCCUGACGGGGGACAAAGAGGCGGUCAAAGCCAUUGUCAAAGCCAACCCCCAAAAGGCUACAGAACUGAUCAAAGAACUGACUCCGCUGAUGAUCGCAGCUCAUGAAGGGCAGGUGGACAUUGUUCGAGUUCUCCUGGACAGCGGGGUUGACAUGGAGGUCAAAGGUAAAAAGGGUGUCACAGCCAUCGCAACAGCAAUAAUAGGUGGCAAGGAAUUGGUGGCUCAGUUGCUGAUUGAAAGGGGUGCCAACAUUCACGUGACCUUGAACGAUGGACAGACAACCCUUCACUUGGCGGUGCACAAGAAUCUGUCCCGUACUCUCAAGCUUCUGAUCCAGAAGGGCGUGGACGUCAAUUCUGUGGAUGGGUCGAUGGACACGCCCCUGCAUGACGCUAUCGAGGUAAAGAGCAAUGACUGUAUAGAGGUUCUCCUGGGCAGCCGGAACAUCGACCUGAGACUGUGCAACAAACGGAACUUCAACCACCUUCAUCUGGCCUGCCUCAGAGGGAAUGUCUUUGCUGUAGAGAAGCUCCUGGAACGAGACAGAUCCCUGGUGGACCUACUGAUGGCCGGGGAUAGCUUCUGUGCCUUACACAUCACUGCAGCCAACGACCACGUCGAGUGUGCCAGGCUACUCCUGGACAAAGGCAAGGCCGAUGUCAAUAGGAAGGGACACAAAGGCGUUACGCCACUACACACGGCAGUCAGCACACCCAACUAUCGUGUAGUGGAACUACUGUUGGAAAAAGGUGCUGAUGUGAAUAGUACUAACGACACAGGCGACACGCCCCUCCACACGCUCUUUAUUUUCAGUUCAAAGAAGAAGAAGGAAGCAGGAGAGGCGUCGCUGUCUCCGCAUGAUGUUGAGAAGUUUGUAAAGGUGGCGGAACUGCUGCUGAAGCACAAGGCUCCGUACAACCAGAAGAACGACAUGGGCGCUGUCCCGCUGCAGCUGUGCCUCAGUGAGAGGAUAAAGCUCAUCAUCAAGAACUUCAUUCAGAAAAAUCAAGGGUCUCUCAACUCCGGCCCGGGAUCUGCAAGCUCCCCACAGCGACCGAAAGGGAAGGCAGACGGUCUGAACACGUUGUCUACCCUGACCAUGGCCCUGCCCUGCUGUAGAUGCUUCAACGCCGUCUCGGACAUCACCUUCAGGCCGUGCAACCACAAAGUCAUGUGUCGGUCCUGCUGUACCAAAACCAACAAGUGUCCCAUGUGCAACGUCACCAUUCAACAGAGAGAGGUACUCGCCUCAGCAAAGAGCAAUUUCUACCGCUGAGUUUGACCCUGCUGACCUGUGUAAAGUGCAGUGAUGACGUCACAGGGCUUGACCAUAUAGAAGAUGAAGAGGGUUUCUUUUGUUUGGGACGUAUAAUUGUGUAUCAGUAUAUGUUAUUUAUCAUCUCUAGAUACAUAAUAUUUAUAUAUAUUCUGCAAAAAGAACUGUUGUUUCAAUUGAUUAUGCAAUUGACUAUUUCUAUCGUGAGCAUUGUCGGUGAUACUUGACGUGGCCAGUCUAAGACAUGACAACCCAACAGAACAUGUCACCUAACUAACAUUGCCGAUACUCGUAUAUGACUGAAUAAUUUUUAAAAAAACCAAAAAAACCAAAAAAAACAAAAAAACAUCGCCGAUACUUCACGAGUUUGUAUACUCUUUGUUUCUCCAUCCCCCAUGAACCCAC